AUGUACAACACAAACAGCAUGCAGACCCCUGACGACGCUGAGGCGCCAUUGUCUUUUAUAUUCCCAAUUGGUUACUCUUACUAUGCUACGAGCAAGUCCUUAUCAACGCACCUAUAUCAAAAGCUAGUUGAUCGGUAUUGGAGACGGUCCGGGACUCUUCUCUACAGGCCGAACCCGAGAAACUCUUGUUGUCCUCACUAUACCCUUCGCCUGGACUCAACAGAGUUCAAACCUACCAAAGAUCAACGGCAAACUGUCAACCGAUUCAACAACUACGUUAUCGGUCCGGAUUAUACACAUGCUGCUGCCCGCGUUCAUCCUCGCACGCGCCAAGAAGCACGGAAACGGCACAACGAGUUCGACUUGAUCGACAGAAUCCAUGAACCCGAGGCACAAUUUCUCAAGACGCCUCCAGAGCCAGCUCACAAGUUCACUGUCACAUUGGAGCCAGACGAGUUUACGGAGGAAAAGUAUCUCAUCUUUGAGAACUAUCAGAGACUUGUUCAUAAGGAGGGCCCAGAUAAGAUUUCGCGCCACGGAUUCAAGAGAUUUCUGUGCAAUUCACCUCUUAAGCGUGAAACCAUCUACACUUCGGACGGCGUCCAGCGGCAGGUGGGCUCUUUUCACCAGUGUUACUGGCUGGACGGGAAACUUGUUGCAAUAGGGGUGUUAGACCUGCUUCCCCACGCCGUCAGCUCAGUGUAUUUUCUCUACCAUGAGUCAUUUCACUCACACAACCCAGGCAAGCUCAGUGCCAUGCGAGAGAUUGCCUUGGCUCGAGAGGGUGGCUAUCGUUGGUGGUAUCCGGGAUUCUAUAUCCAUAGCUGCCCCAAAAUGAAGUACAAGAUGGACUUCAAGCCGCAGUCCGUCCUUGAUCCUGAGACACUCACCUGGGAUUUGAUGGACAAGGAGGCGUUGGCGGUUUUUGACGCGAAGCACUACGUCAGCCUAUCCAGGGAGCGGCAACGGAAGGAUGACGGCGAAGGUGACGAGGAGGAAGGGGACUUUAUGUUGGGCAGCAGCAUGCCAGGCAUCCCUUCAUUGGAAGAGAUGAAGCAGGUGGACAUGGACAACUUGGUUCUUGUUUCAGAUGCUGCCCCCGGGUAUUUUUUGGCUUCCGACUUGGUUAGUUGGGAACAACAAGAUAUCGAGUUGGACCGCAAGGAUAUCAAAUCAACGAUCGCAGAGCUGGUGGCAGCGAUGGGAACGGACGUGAUGGGCGAAAUAUGUGUGGAUUUUCGGAGGAGGACUCGUGUGCUAUAAGCAUACAGCGAGAAGACCGACAGGAGCGAUAAAGGGAAUUGUAUAGCGAUGCACAAAAUGUUUACUUGUGUCCAGCGCAUUCUCUUGGUCAUGUGGUGCUCGCGUAUCCCCGCCCCGCAACCUGAAAAUUACGGACCAGCUGCAGUGCAGUGGUUAAAAACUACAGUAAGGAAAGGAGCACGGUCUGGGUGGUAAGUUCCUUCCCAUUUUACGGAGUCACGCAAAAUGAGUUCCUUCCUACAUUGGUGGUUUGAUGCAUGUUGAACAUUGAACUCGGCAGUAACGAUACCCAGUCGCAUUUACGACGUGCAAAAUCGUCGAAUUGCGACUGGAUGACAGCUCGUCGCUGAGAUUGGCCAUCAUCCACCAGUAGGUAUGGAGCCGAAUAGUCUCAUUCCCUUGCUUGAUUGAGCCUCAGACCAGGAAGGUAGG